GUACAGGAGUCACUUCCGGAUGUGUAGCACUGUUGAGAGGUAGUUCAGUGGAGACUGGUCCUGCUAAAAUACUGUACACCACUGCGGGAUCAACAGCCUAACGCCAGCAGUAUGAAUGGCCAGCUGGACCUGAGUGGGAAGCUGAUCAUCAAGGCUCAGCUGGGCGACGACAUACGCCGCAUCCCGAUCCACAAUGAAGAUAUCACCUACGACGAGCUCCUGCUCAUGAUGCAGCGCGUUUUCCGCGGCCAGCUCCAGAGCAGCGAUGAAGUCACCAUCAAAUACAAGGACGAAGAUGAUGACCUUAUCACCAUCUUUGACAGCUCUGAUCUGUCCUUCGCAAUCCAGUGCAGCAGAAUAUUAAAGCUCACUCUGUUUGUGAACGGGCAACCACGGCCGCUGGAGUCAUCUCAGGUUAAGCACCUGCGCAAAGAGCUGAUCCAGCUGAGGAACAGAAUCAACAGCCUGCUGGACAGCCUGGAGCCACCCUCAGAGCCUGCCCUGGAGAACAACAACCCUGAGACGGAAUGUGUGGAAGCUGUAGACACAGCAGUGAAGCAGGCUCCUCCGGUCAGUGCUGCUAGCAUGUCUGCCUUUGACCCUCUGAAAAACCAAGAAGAGGUCAACAAGAACGUAAUCUCAGCCUUUGGCCUGUCUGAAGAGCCUGCUCCAGCCCCAGCAGUAGCUGCAGUGGAAGAGCGCUCUGGCACUCCUGACAGUAUUAACUCAUCCUCCUCUGCAGCUCAUCCUCCUGCUGGGGCAGCUCAGGGUGCCCCACCUUACACAGGGGUACAGCAAUCUCCUGCCACCACAAUUGAUGGUCAGAUGUAUCAGCAGUAUCAAGCUCCAGGUGGAUAUCCUCCUCAACAACCGGCUGCUCCUCAGCAGCAGUAUGGCAUGCAAUACCCUGCAGGUUAUACUACUCAGCCUGGUGGCCCUCAAGCCCCUCCGCCUCAGCAACAGUUCCAGAAUUACCCCACUCCUACAUCUCAGGCUGCUGCUCCUGGCUCCGCACCUGGAUUUAGUGCUCAGCCACAGGCUCCGCCCCCUCCCCAGCCCCAGGGUACAGGCCAGUACCCACCACCUCAGUUUCCUUCUCAGACCUACACUUCCCAGGCCUCCCAGCAACCAGCCAACUACAGCCUGCCGCCCAGCUCCCAGCCGGCUCCUGGGUAUCAGUCUCGUCCUGGAUACACCCCACCCCCAGGUGUGACCCCACCCCCUGGGAGCUCCAAUCCCUAUGCCCGCAACCGCCCCCCUUACGGGCAGGGCUAUGCCCAGCCUGGUCCCGGCUACCGGUAAAAAUCAGCUGCAGCACUAGAUUACAACAGAUCAAACCCCAAUGCCCUGCGUUUGAUUUUGUGUGUGUGUGUGUGUGUGUGUGAGAUGUGUGAGCGAAUGAAUGUGUGUGGUUGCGCAGAUAAGACCAAAUGGUAUAGGGAGUUGAUAGCUGUGUGUGAGAUUGGUGUGAGAACAACCUGUGCAUAUGUGUUUCUGUGUGAGUACGAGUUUUAACACUUGUCUACUCGUUGGUGUUAUUGUGUGUUAAAUCAUGUCAGCUUUCUGUUGAAACACUAAAUAUAAUCACAGCUGAAGGAAAUUGCUUUGUUUAAUUCUCAUUCCCCCACCCCCCCACCCCUUCAUCAUUCCUCCUCUCCUAGUUUUUACUAAUACCUGACUGGCCCUGUUCAGUGGCCCAAGUCAUUCUGUAUAAACUGUAACAUUUGUUUUCUGGCAGUGAAUAAAGACUUUAAAGAACAAA